AUGGUUUCAUACCGUUCUUCAUGGCUUCUGGCCAUAGCAUCUCUUGUUCAGUAUGUUUCUGGUCAGCAAUCAGCACCCACGGCUCUCACCGAUGCCAACACUGGGAUCGUCUUCGACACAUGGAAAGCACCCAGCAUGACCUUCGGUUUCAGUUUUCCUGGGGACGGACAGACUACCAACGCCGAUGAGUUCAUUGGAUACCUGAACUGCGCCACUCCCAAAGGUAAGAGCACCGGAUGGUGUGGUCUGUCCUACGGUGGACCCAUGACAAACUCGCUUUUGCUCUUUGCGUACCCUCACGACGGCGAAAUUCUUACCACCUUCCAUUGGGCUAAUGCCCAGGUCGAGCCUGGUCCAUACAAGGGCAAGGCUACUUUGACCCAGAUCUCUUCCAGGAUCACUGACGACGGCUUCACCCUUAUCUACCGCUGCCAGGGAUGUACUUCCUGGUCGCAAGACGGUAACUCGGGUCAAUUGGCGACCACUUCUCCCGUCGCUGUUCUUGGUUGGGCCCACAGUCUCACAAAUGUGAUCGACCCUGAGUGCCCCCGUGAGGCCCGCAUGCUCCAGCACGAAACCCAGAGCAUCUUUGGUGGUCAGCUUACUAGCAAUGCCUUCAACGAUGAGUAUGAUGAGUGGGCUAAGCUCGCCACCAAGGUUGUUGAUGGCGACUGCGAUGGUGGUACGGAGCCUACUGCCACUGCCACCAAUGAGCCUUCUCCCACAGCUGAACCUACCGGUAAACCUGUCCCUGACGAGACGUACGAUUAUGUUGUCGUCGGUGGUGGUGCUGGUGGUCUCCCCAUUGCCGAUCGUCUUAGCGAGGCUGGCAAGAAGGUCCUUCUCAUCGAAAAGGGUCCCCCAUCAUCUGGUCGCUGGGGUGGUACCCGUAAGCCAGAUUGGCUUCAAGGCACCAACUUGACUCGAUUCGAUGUUCCCGGUCUAUGCAAUCAGCUUUGGGUUGACUCUGCAGGUAUUGCCUGUCCCGAUACCGAUCAGAUGGCCGGCUGCGUCCUUGGUGGUGGUACCGCAGUUAACGCUGGUUUGUGGUGGCGUCCCACUCCAGAAGACUGGGACUACAACUUUCCCGAUGGUUGGAAGGCCAAGGACAUGGCCAAGUACGAAGACCGUGUCUUCUCCCGCAUUCCUGGUACAAGUGUCCCAUCCAUGGAUGGGAAGCUAUACCUCGACCAGGGCUUCAAGGUUGUCGCUGGAGCACUCGGCAAGGCCGGUUGGAAUGAAGUCAACACUCUCAAGGAGCCGAAACUGAAGAACCAUACUUAUACCCACCCACCAUUCAUGUUCUCUGGAGGUGAACGCGGAGGCCCUCUUGCUACCUAUCUCGUCUCUGCCGACAAGCGAAACAACUUCAAGCUCUGGACCAACACCCAGGUCAGGCGUCUCGUUCGCUCGGGCGGUCACGUUACCGGCCUUGAGGUCGAGCCCUUUGCCGGCGCCGGUUAUGCUGGAACCGUCAAGCUCACUCCCGAGACUGGUCGUGUAAUUCUUGCGGCUGGUACUUUUGGUAGUGCCAAGAUUCUCCUUCGCAGUGGUAUUGGCCCAGACGACCAGCUCGAAAUUGUCGCCAACUCUAGCCGCGAUGGUGGCUCCAUGAUCAAGAAAGAUCAAUGGAUCAACCUCCCCGUCGGCUACAAUCUCGAGGAUCACACCAACACCGAUACCGUUAUCAAGCACCCUGAUGUCGUGUUCUAUGACUUCUACAAGGCCUGGGAUAACCCUCCCCAAACCGACGAGGACAAGUACCUGGAUGCUCGCUCAGGCAUUCUCGCUCAGGCCGCUCCUAACAUCGACCCAGUCAUCUUUGACGAGAUUCGAGGUGCUGAUGGCCGCGUCCGCUCCAUGCAGUGGACAGCUCGUGUUGAGGCCAGUCUCGGCGAGACUGACACCAAGGCCAUGACCAUUAGCCAGUAUCUCGGCCGUGGUGCAAAGUCGCGCGGUCGCAUGACCAUCACCAGUGCCCUCAACACCGUCGUGUCUGGUAACCCUUUCCUCAAUGACGCAGAAGACAAGAAGGCUGUUGUGAAAGCUCUUGACAACCUUCGUAAAGCUCUUUCCGGCGUGAAGGAUCUGGUGUGGCUCCAACCCGCUCCCGGUGUGUCCUCACAACAAUACGUCGACGAUAUGGUCGUCUCAUGGAGUAACCGCCGUGCCAAUCACUGGAUCGGAACCAACAAGCUCGGCAAGGAUGAUGGUCGCACAGGCGGUACCGCUGUCGUUGAUCUCAACACCAAGGUCUAUGGCACAGACAACCUCUUCAUUACUGAUGCCUCCAUUUUCCCGGGCAUGGUUACUACUAACCCUAGUGCCUACUUUGUCACUGCCUCCGAGAGGGCCAGUGACGCCAUCCUGGCCCUUCCUGUCGCCAAGGCCCAGGAACCGUACAAGCAGUGUGGUGGUACUGAGUGGAAUGGCAGCAUGCAGUGUGGCAAGGGCUACUACUGCAAGACGCUCAACCCCUUCUACGCUCAGUGUUACCCCGAAGGUCAAUAG